GUUUAAGCGUGUUGAAUGAUGACAGAGGCAAUUUGUGUCUCUGACAACCGCUAAAAUGGCGAAAAUACAGCAUGUAGUGGUUAUACGGCAAUAACAUACAUUUUUGCAUAUUAGAGUGGUAACAUUCUAGUAUAUAAACUCAUCGACCCAAGAGAUUAGCCUACAGACCACGAAAUGCUGGGCAUAAAAUAUCUAUUUGCAAUUAUUCUCCUUUUCCUUUCAGUCUGGAACGUUGCAACGUUCGUCGAAUAUCCAUCAGUUAACUUUAAUUUUAGCCAGCCGAACAAAAAUGUCGUAAUAACCGACGCAAACGAAAAUUUAAUCUUCCAGAAAGCCAAAUCAAAAAAUCGACUUUCGAAGAUAAAUUUCACUGGAGCCACCGUAAAUGACGGAAAAAUGCCCGAACAAAAAGCUACUCCCGUUGCUAAAAGGAUUAAAUCCGAGAAGAAUAAGUUUAAAACUGAUCAAACAACAUCGCCCUAUCUAAUCAGGCAAAUUAUUGCGGAGAAAUCUAAUAAAGAGAUCGCUAGAGAAAUCAGGUCAUCGCCAAAUGAGCCAAACAUAACUGCAACGAAAGUUCGCAAUCCCAUCAAACUGAACAUGAAGCAAGGCCUUAUUAUGAAUCAAAUUUUAAAUACGUACGGUUUAAGCGAUGUGAACAACUCACUUUGCAGGGACCAUGUGAAUGAGUUCAAGUUGGGCUUGAGAGCCAUGGAGCCUUGGGCUUUGAAAAUGUUUGAUGCCUCGUCAAAACUAAUGCCAGGAAUUUUGGCUGGAAAUCUCGCAGAAUUGGGAGCAUGGCAGCAAUGUCUGGAUAUCAAUGAGGAAACAUCAUUCGGCCCAAUCAAGGGCCGACACUGCAUGCUUUUUAUUUAUCCCAACGAAAAACUGGUGAAGAUUAUUUUGGAUUUUAAGAAGAAAAUCUCAGAAAAGCAUUUUCAAAACCUCAAAGAGAACAUUUUGUACGAUGCGAAAUUAAUGUGGUCAGUUUGUGUGCCCCAUUCCUGCACAAGCGAGGACGUUUUGAGGCACUUUAAUAAAUCAAUUUUCGACGCAACCGAAGGCCUCAAUCUCACUUUGUCCCUAUCGAAAGAACAUUGCGUUUCCGUGGACGAUUUGCCCGAAUUCACCAAAGGCGAUUAUAUUUACGUAUGUUCCGCAGGAUUGAUUAUUUUCGCUGUGCUGAUCAGCACAUCAAUUGAUAUUAUGAGUGAAGACGAACCGCCCACAUUCGCCAGCUUGUUUUCUCUAAAAAGGAACUGGAUUAUUCUAUUUUCCACGAAAAGGAACAAAAAUGACAUCACUUGUUUGCACGGAAUCCGCUUCCUAACAAUGUUCUCUGUAGUGUAUGGGCAUCGAUUCGUCCAUAAUUUGGCCACUCCUGUUAUAAACUACAUGGAUCUCAUCGAUUGGCUGGAGUCGUUCAGCAGCACCACCAUCCAUGGCGGAACCAUGACGGUGGACACUUUCUUGGCUGUUGCCUCCAUUCUAGUCAGCUACUCCUUUUUUGGGAUGGCGAGCAAAGGAGUGAAACUCAACAUUCCGCUCUUUUACCUCAACAGGCAUUUGCGACUGUUGGUGCCGCUCGGAUUUGCUGUUGGGGCGUAUAUCACUGUGACGAAACAUUUAGGGGGUGGGCCCUUGUAUCGCGACUUAGUCCACGCCUACAAUAUGAGCUGCAAAACCUUCUGGUGGAGCACCGUGUUUUACAUUCAGGCCUUCAUCAAUCCCAGACUGAUGUGCGUGGUGCAAACCUGGUUCUUAGGAGUGGACAUGUUUUGGUACUACUUUGCCCCCUUUCUGCUGCUGGCCAUAUCGAAAAAUCAACUUUCUGGCUACUUGCUUCUAUUUACCAUCUACUCCUGUUGCACCGCUUUCAACUUCUACAUCGCUUGGGAUCAUCACUUCAACGGCCAGAUGCCCGUUUCGCCCAUUUUACUGUCAACCGACUAUUUCGCUUAUCAUUACGUCCAUCCGGUAGUGAGAGGAGGCCCAUACAUGCUCGGCCUGGCUUUCGGCCAUAUCUUAUUCAAAUCCAAGGAAAAUAAAGUGGCAAUAUCCAGAUUAACCAACUGCAUUUGCUGGAGUCUGGUUGCCGUUUGUAUGCCCUACACAAUGUUAAUUAGUCGCUCAUUUCGCUUGGAGAAUUUCGAAUAUAACCGAUUAUUUGCUUCGCUGUUUCUGGCUUUUCAUCGGACCGUCUGGACGUUGUGCUUAUUGUGGAUCAUUUGGAGUUGCCAGAAUGGACAUGGUGGUCCUGUAAACAUUUUCCUGUCCUGCAACUUAUUCAAGAUAAUGGGAAGAUUGUGCUACAACGUCUACCUAUUCCACUUCCUCUUCCAGUCAGCGAUGCAGUAUUCCAAAAAGGGACCCUCUUACUUUUCCCAUUUCCUCUCGACGUUUGAAUCGAUUGGCGACAUGGCAGUGAUGCUGAUGUUUUCAAUCCCUGCCACUCUAUGCUUCGAGUAUCCAUUUAGCCGGAUGUGUGGCCUGGUUUUCCGGCCGCCCAACAAAGAAGACAGCAAGAAAGUGGCUCCUCUGAAAAUGGACACUUAGGAAGCAGGUGGUGUUUGCAAAGUCUUUAUCUCCAAACGAAAAUUACACAGUAACAUUGUC